AUGAUACCCAACUUAAAUUUUUAUCUUUUACUCCUAUUUGAUUUAUCACUUGUUUCCUCGAUUGACUAUGAAGAAGUACAGAUUGAAGAUGCUUAUGAAACCAGGUCACGGAUUCUGAUGGUAGACGGAAAUGUGUGGCUACAUGCCGGUAAAGACAAGAAUAUUACAUUCAAGACUUUCGGAAAUGGAAAAAUCUACGUGGAUGACACUGAUGUUUCGAGACUUCCAGAUGUAGUAAGUGUGUAA